CUCAGACUGAGGGCUCAUCAGAGCAAAAAUGGGACCCAAAUGACAAGGCUGAGCGCACUGAUAGCAUUUCCUCGUUAUUUCUCCCUCCUUAAGAAACCACUCAGGAUAUAUCGCACAGUGGGUAUAGGCUAUGUCUUUGUGCCUACCCGUACAUUUGCGCACUUCGGAUGAUCCCGAUGGGCCCGCGAUGAUCUCCAGUCUAUAAUUUGGUUCUAGAAAUGCUGUUUUUUCCACAGUUCACCUGUCGUUGGGAGCCGUUCGCCACAUGUGGAUUGUUGCCCCGUGGAACAGAAGCGCUCCGUUUCAUCUCGCGGAUGGUGAUGUAAUUGUUAUUCAGAUUAUAUUUUUGGAUACAUUGGAUUUCCGGGAUCGUAUAUCCAAGAAAGUCAACACCGAGGUGUCUGGGGCGUUGGAGAAAGAAGCCGAGUCUGUAUCCCACACACUGGGCUGGGAAUAACUCCAGACAAUGCUUCAGUGUUCCAGCUGUGAAAAGCCUAUUCUUGAUAGGUUCUUGCUCAAAGUUUUGGACAGACCAUGGCACAUCAAAUGUGUCCAGUGCUGCGAAUGCAAAUGCACUUUGACAGAGAAGUGCUUUUCACGAGAAGGGAGACUGUACUGUAAGAACGACUUCUUUAGGACAUUUGGGACCAAGUGUGACGGUUGCGCCCAGGGCAUUUUGCCCAGUGAUCUCGUCCGCAGGGCAAAGAGCAAAGUGUUUCACCUCAACUGUUUCACGUGUGUGAUGUGUAACAAGCAGCUGUCCACCGGAGAGGAGCUCUACAUCCUGGACGAGUUCAAGUUCGUCUGUAAGGAGGACUACCAGAACAACAACGGGAAAGACACCAUCCUCCUCUCAGUCACGACAAGCAGCGACCCAAGUCUGUCCCCGGACUCCCAGGACCCGCCGGACGACGAGAAGGACUCCGAAACGGGACAUUUAUCCGAUAAGGACAACAACACGGAGAACGACGAGCAGAGCGCCGUCGGGAAGCGACGCGGGCCUCGGACCACCAUCAAAGCCAAGCAGCUGGAGACCCUGAAAGCGGCUUUCGCGGCCACGCCGAAACCCACCAGACACAUCAGGGAGCAGCUGUCCCGGGAGACCGGCCUCACCAUGAGAGUCAUCCAGGUUUGGUUCCAGAAUCGGAGGUCCAAAGAGAGACGCAUGAAGCAGCUGAGCUCUCUGGGCGGCCGGAGACACGUGUUCUUCCGCGGCCAGAGGAGGAUGAGGGCGCUGGGGGAGAGGCUGGAAGCAGAGGAGCUCGGACACUUCUCUUAUUAUGGAGAUUAUCCUGGUGAAUACUACGGCUCAGGAGGGAAUUACGAGUACUACCAAGGCCCCCCAUCGCAUGCUCAGACUCCAGCAGACUUGGGCUUUGUGCCCUCCUCUGUCCCCGCUGGCACCCCAUUAGGAGCAAUAGACCACCACCACCCAGGGCACCACUGUCCUGGAGAGAUGCACUGUUUCUCUGACACGGUAUCCCAUCAUCCUGCGGACUCACCCAGUCCGGAGCCCAACAUGCCGGGCUCGAUGCACAGCAUCUCCAGCGAGAUGUGUGGCCCCAGCACACCCUACACGACUGUGUCCCUCAGUGACAACGGAUACACCAACCAGCUGUCCCAACCCUCUUCAGAAAUGAGCGAAGGCACUGUGUGGUGAACAGCCGACACCCAACCACAAGACUCACAUGGAUUUUGAAGGCAAAUCAACGCUUUUUUUUGUUUGUUAAUUUGAAUGUAUACAUUUAUUUAUUUAUUUAUUUAUGGAUUUAUUCAUUUACCUAUCUAUUUAUUUGUGUAUUUAUUUAUUUAUGUGCUUACAGUUUUGUUAAGCUCUAUUUAACUAUUUAUAAAUCUCUAUAUUUGUAUGUCAGCAUAAUUGUUUAUUGACUAUAGCCAAUCGAUAGAUUGUUUUAUUGUGAAUUUGACUAAUUAAUACUUUCACAAUGCUGGGCCUCAUAGAUCAAGCAAUAAACACACACAUUUAUAUGCUGCAGAAAUUGUUUUUCACCGUUUACAAAAACCUUUUCUGCCACAUAUUCAACAUGAUUGUCCCUACGAUGUUACAGUAAUGUGAAAGUGCAUGACAGCCUUUUUUUUUACUACCUUUCAGUGUUUUUAUGCAUACCGAUAAACACCAUGAGUUCACGUGUAAUACAAGAUGUUGUCAUUUAAUAACAGAAUAUGAUUGUGAUGAUCAAUACAUUUGACCAAAUACCUCUCUCAGGACUGUGGGAACAUUCUUUUUGUUUCUCUUUAUUUGUCGUGCAUUGCUUUUUCUUUUCUUUUUUUUUAAUUAUUUCAUUGCCAACACAUAUUUGCCUUCAAAAGGAUAUCUUUAUAAAUCUGAAAAUUUUAUAUGUAACAGAAAAAGGAUUCGACUUUAACAUGAGUCUAGUGUUAUAAAUAGAAUAAUGGACAACUGUACAGGACAGUCAACUGUUUACGUAAAGCUCCAGUAUUCAGGGUUUGAAUAUCAGCAUUGUAUUUAACCGAUGGACAGACCUUUUAAUGCAAACAAACCAAACUUUUGUAGCCGUUCUAUUUCUGUGGUCACUCACUGUGCUAGUUUGUACUAUGUCCUCAUUAUAAAAAAAACACACACACACACAAAAUACUAAUAAACCGUUGCCAAAUGAAUGCACAGCGAAAUCCUGCACCUUUAGUUGUGAGACGCGGUGUUCACUUCCUCUUCUGACUAUCUGAGCAUGUUUGUAGUACAAAACAGUCAUUUGCAGCUCAGUUUGCCAAACAGCUAAGACUCAACCUGGUUAUGAAAUGUCAAAUUAUUCACAUUGAUGGUCUCAUACACUGCCAGCAGCAGCAGCAGCAGCAGCAAUGUGUUUUUUAUGAGACAUACUUGAUUGUUCCAGUUAAGUUCACGAGACCGUUGUUUACGACCAUUCACUGUAUAAUAAAACACAUAUGGAUCAUUUUUUAUUUGUUCAUCUUUUUUGG